AUGGUUUGGUUCCAGCCUCUUCCCCUCAGCCUCCUCUGCCCCUCAGCCUCCUCUGCCCCUCAGCCUCCUCUUCCCCUGAGCCUCUGCCCCUCAGCCUCCUCUUCCCCUCAGCCUUCUCUUCCCCUCAGCCUCCUCUUCCCCUCAGCCUCCUCUUCCCCUGAGCCUCUGCCCCUCAGCCUCCUCUUCCCCUCAGCCUCCUCUGCCCCUGAGCCUCUGCCCCUCAGCCUCCUCUGCCCCUCAGCCUCCUCUGCCCCUCAGCCUCCUCUUCCUCUCAGCCUCCUCUGCCCCUCAGCCUCCUCUUCCCCUCAGCCUCCUCUGCCCCUGAGCCUCUGCCCCUCAGCCUCCUCUGCCCCUGAGCCUCUGCCCCUCAGCCUCUGCCCCUCAGCCUCUGCCCCUCAGCCUCCUCUGCCCCUGAGCCUCUUCCCCUCAGCCUCCUCUGCCCCUGUGUUCUCUGCUUCCACCCCUCUCCUCCAUCUGGAAGUGCUUUACACCUGA